AUGGCUCUCCCGCCAGACCACAUCACGGCGAACGGUACAGCACUCACCGUCGAACUUGCUGGCCUCGUCCUCUCUCGCUACCUCCAGUCCUUCGGCGCAAAUCCGUCCACCUGCCGACACACCGUCACCUACACCGUCAUCCCUGCUGCAGACCUACCCGUACAAGUCCCCGCCCCCUCCGGCCCACACUUUGACGCAACCCUUGCCCUACCUCCCGCAGCGGGCUCAGGCACCUUCUCCACCCACGGUCCUUACCCGUCCAAGCUCAUGGCGAAGCGGGUCGCGUGCUGGGACGCGUGCAAGGCGUUACUGGACAAGGGGGAGUUGGAUGAUAGUCUCGGGCCGACUCCAAAAGGCGUGGAACCGAGGGAGAAGAAGCCAAGAGUCAGAGAAUGGAGAGAUCCAGCGAGUCUGUCGCGCUGGGUCGAGGAGGGAGAUAGGGUACUCAAGCCAGAGGAUGAGGAUCUGCAAAGGGGUCUGAGCUUGUCGGCGCGGUGGGAGGUGUUCAAGGGGACCAUCCGGAAUCGCCUCCCUGAGGCGUCUCCCGCGAUCAAUGGGGGAGUGCCGGGAGUGGGCGUGUACGAGGCGCUGGUUCCGGAGGGGGUAGAUGAGGUGGUUGAGCGGAGAGCAUGGAUGACGGCGCUGCAGAUGGAGGAUGGGCGGGCGCUGGCACUCUUGACAUCAAAGCGGUUAGCGGACGGGGUGGAAGAGCUGGAGCUCAAGCCCGGUGUAGGGAUGCGGCUGGUGGACAUGGGGGAGCUCAAAAAGCUGUCGGAGGAGCAGCACCAGCAAGCUAUACGGUACACCGAACAAGUCAUACGGUCACAGCUCAACAAAGACCUCCAUCCCCCUCCCGCUGGACCUACCUGGCUCGUCCUCCCUCUCAUCCGAAACUUCGCUCCUGGCAAGGCAAAGCGGACAGAUAUCGACUGGGCCGAAAUCGCAUCCACCCUCGCCAUCGCUCCCACCUCCGUCCCAUUCUCCGUCGCCUCUCAAGCUCUCCUGGAACAAGAGCUGGUCGACGCGGUAGCGACCAGUCCCGCCGAGUUCGGUCGCCGCUUCUACGUGGAGGAAUGGACCAACCUCAUCCCCUCCUUCCCUCACCCGGCAGAAAUCACCAAAUCGAUCCUCAACUACUCAUUCCAAAAGUUUGGCCCGCCCGUCCUGGAAUACCCAGACCAGCGUGUCUUCACCGCCAGUAUCGCCACGUCCGGUCGGUCAGGCGGUAUCCUCAACUCGUCCCCCUCCACUCCCAUCUACCUCAUGCCGGAACUCACACAGCGGUACUGCUUUCCCGCCUCAACAUACCGUUCCCUCUCCACCAUCCCCACUUUCUUCGUCAUGCUCACGGACCACCUUGCGGCCAAGCAAUUUAACCGUCGCUUAUUCGACAACUCCCUCACUCCUGCCCUCGCUCUCCAGGCGCUGACCCCAGCCAUGUCCGCUUCCAAUCAGCCUAAUCGCAGCUACGAGCGGCUCGAGAUCCUGGGAGACACGCUCAUCAAGCUGUUGACCACGCUGGAUACGUGCCUGCGCGGACCCUUGUCGGACAAUAGCAGGGUGGAUCGUCAUAUUCUGCUCAGCAACAGGAGCCUACGGGCGAAUGGGGUAGAAGCGGGUAUCGCGAGCUAUAUCCGGCCAAAAGAGGGCAGAGCAAAGGCAUGGGUGCCAGAAGGGUGGACAUUAGGUGGAGUAGAAGUCAAGGCGGAGGAGGGCAAGCGGACAGUCAAGAUUGGAGACAAGGUGGUCGCAGAUGUUGUCGAGUCCCUCGUCGGUGCCGCCUAUCUCUCAUCUCCUACCCGCUCCCUGGACGCCGCUAUAUCCUGCAUGAAACGCCUCAAGAUCCCCAUCGACCGCCUCGAAGCUUGGUCGGACGUUUCGAGGAUGUUUGCCCGGCAGAGCAGCCUGGAAAUCGAGGUGGACGCUCAGCCCGCGCCAGUGGUACCGGAGCCGACCAAGGCAAAGGUCAAGGCAGACCCGAUGGGCUGGAUGAAGGCAUUCACCAAGCCCGUGGCGGUCUCCGUUAUGGGCUAUACCUUCCGGGACGCAGAGAAGGGGAACAUCAUCUUUAACGCAUCCUCGCAGACUCGCGGAAGGCAAGACUUCCAGCAAUACAAGCUGAUCGGGGACUCGCUUUUGGACUAUUUCGUUGUGGAGAGGCUGUAUGACGUCCCGGAGAACUACACACCCGCCGAAAUCACCCACAUGAAGCACUCUAGGGCCGCCGACCAGGCUCUCGCCGCCAUGGCGGUAUGUCUGGGCCUGGCAGACCGCGUGGUCGAGAUUGACCGCCCAGUCAAGACCGAGAUCGACCGGUACAUGGUACAGAUAUCGACGCGGUUCAAGGAGGCGCAGAAUGUACUCAAGAGGAGGUCCAAGCAGGGUGUGGUGGGCGAGGCGGUGGAAGAAGCGGGCGGCAACAAGGUGACAGAGUUUUGGUUCGGCGCGAGCCAUGCCCCAACUCUCGGCGCUAUACCCGAAGUCCUGCUAGGCGCCGUCGUCGCGGACCAAAAUGGCGACCUCGCAGCCGCUCGAAAGCUUUUCAACGACAAUUACUGGCCAUUCAUGGAGCAAUACGGCGUCGGCCCUAUCAACCACAGUCUACACCCCAAAAGCGUCAUGCAGGAACGGCUCGGCAAGUUGGGCUGUACAUCUUGGAAGAUCGUGCGAUUGGACGAGAAGGUCAAGGGUGUGGUCUGCGCUGUCCAGCUUCAUGGGCAAGAGAUCGGAAGGGGAUUUGCAGAGUCGCAGAACCUGGCGACUCGAGUGGCGUGCGAGAAUGUGCUUGCGACCUUGAAGGAGGAGACUGUACGGGACAUUUGCAGUUGCAGGUGGGAGGAGGCCAAGGAGGGGCAGGCGGUAGCUUAA